AAGGCAGGGGGCGGGGAGAAGCAGGGCCCUUUAGGACCCGGCUGCGGCUGCGGGGGAGGAGGAAGAAGCGGAGGAGGCGGCUCCCGCGCUCGCAGGGCCGUGCCACCUGCCCGCUCGCUCGCCGCCGUCGCGCUCACCACCGCCAACAUGCUGCCGAGACUGGGCGGCCCCGCGCUGCCGCUGCUCCUGCCGCCCUCGCUGCUGCUGCUGCCGCUGCUGCUGGGCGCCGGCGGCGGCCGCGGCGUGCGCGCCGAGGUGCUGUUCCGCUGCCCGCCCUGCACGCCCGAGCGCCUGGCCGCCUGCGGGCCCCCGCCGGCCGCGCCGCCCGCCGCCGCCGCCGCCGCCGCCGCCUCCGGGGUGGCCGGCGACGCCCGCGCGCCUUGCGCCGAGCUGGUCCGCGAGCCGGGCUGCGGCUGCUGCUCCGUGUGCGCGCGGCUGGAGGGCGAGGCGUGCGGCGUCUACACCCCGCGCUGCGCCCAGGGGCUGCGCUGCUACCCCCACCCGGGCUCCGAGCUGCCCCUGCAGGCGCUGGUCCUGGGCGAGGGCACUUGCGAAAAGCGCCGCGACGCCGAGUACGGCGCCAGCCCCGAGCAGGUUGCAGACAACGGCGACGAGCCCUCUGAAGGAGGCCUGGUUGAGAACCACGUGGAUGGGACCGUGAACCUCUUGGGCGGUGGAGGUGGCGCUGGCCGGAAGCCCCUCAAGUCAGGCAUGAAGGAGUUGGCGGUGUUCCGGGAGAAGGUCACCGAGCAGCACCGGCAGAUGGGCAAGGGGGGCAAGCAUCACCUUGGUCUGGAUGAGCCCAAGAAGCUGCGGCCACCACCUGCCAGGACCCCCUGCCAGCAGGAGUUGGACCAAGUCCUGGAGCGGAUCUCCACCAUGCACCUUCCAGAUGAGCGGGGCCCUCUGGAGCACCUCUACUCCUUACACAUCCCCAACUGUGACAAGCAUGGCCUGUAUAACCUCAAACAGUGCAAGAUGUCUCUGAACGGGCAGCGUGGGGAGUGCUGGUGUGUGAACCCCAACACUGGGAAGCUGAUCCAGGGAGCCCCCACCAUCCGGGGGGACCCCGAGUGUCAUCUCUUCUACAACGAGCAGCAGGAGGCCCGUGGGGUGCACAGCCAGCGGAUGCAGUAACCCCCAGCCGGCCGGUGCCGGGCACCCCCCGCCCCCACCCCCUCUGCAAACACUGGCAGAGAGGAGAGCCUUGCGUGGUGGGUGGGGAGGGUUUUCCAGGAGUGUUGACACGUGUAUUUAUAUUUGGAAAGAGACCAGCACCGAGCUCGGCACACCCCCGCCUUCCCCCUCCCCAGCGGGAGCUGCCUGCACCCUCGCCUUCUCCUGUCCCAGCUGGGGAGGAAGGGUGCUUGCAGGGGUGGAGCUGGGGGAAAGGCUUGGGAGGGGGGAAAAAGAAAUUUUUAUUUUUGAACCCCCGUGUUUCUUUUGCUUAAGAUUAAAGGAAGGAAAAAUAAA